CAAAGCCCACGGCGGCUCGCUCAAUCUUCUCCAUGUCUUCUCCUGUGUAUGCAGCGUAUCCUGCGACAGCUUGAGUGCCACUUGUGGCUCGAUACACUCAUCUUUCUACCUUUUUUCUCUGGACACUAGCUAGUCCUGUCACUCCUUUGAUCGGUGCUGAAGCAUCUGCUGAAGUCCGGGGCCAAAAUGUUCAAUUCACGGGCGCAUUCGCCAAAAGCAGAGGACGCAGAAGCCUUGCUGCCGUCCUCUGCUUCUAGGUCAAGCUCGCCCGUCUUGGCUGCUCAGCUCCCCAGACCAGCACUCAACCCGGCCAGAACAUUCAGGCGUUUCCUUUCCUUCCUCAAGCCAAGCUUCCUCCACCGGGUGGAGCACAGCGACAUCUCAGAGAAGACCUCCCGCCCGCCAUCCCGCACAGAGUAUCUGGAUGGUGUCCGCGGUGUCGCUUCGCUGAUUGUCUUCAACCUGCACUGGAUCCACGUCGUCUACCCUUCCGUCAACUCGGGAUGGGGUUACAAGCACCAUGAGCUUUGGCUCUUGCCCUUUGUCCGACUCUUCUAUUCCGGCGCUGCCAUGGUGUCCAUCUUCUUCAUCGUCUCGGGCUUUGUGCUGUCGCAUCGCUUCAUCCAGCGCAUGCACCGAGGCGAAGACAUCUUCAACGGCCUCACGUCUCUCAUCUUCCGGCGCUUUAUCCGGCUCUUUCUUCCCGCAUUUGCGUCUAGCUUCAUGGCGUAUGUCUGCGCUAGCGUCGGGGUCUUGAGCGUGCCGGACAAGAACGGAGGCAAGCCUUUCCAUCACGGCAUCCCCGCCUUUGUGGACUAUCUAGACCUCGAGUCAAACCCGUGGGACUGGGAGCUCGCCAUGUCGGGCUGGUACAAUCCCCAGCUGUGGUCCAUCUCUGUCGAGUUCCGAGGCUCAAUGGUUGUCUUUCUCAUGAUAGCCGGCCUGGCCAAGACGCGAACAUCGGUGCGCCUGCUGGUGGAGAACCUUGUCAUGGUACACGCCUUUGGCCACAAGAGAUGGGACGUCGCCUUGUUCAUCGCCGGCAUGAUUGUCGCCGAGCUCGAGGUCCUGACGUACAAGUCUCAGCAGGGGCCUCGCAGACGGUGGGUGACCGUCCUGCUCGUCGCCACGCUCCUGCUCGGCGUCUUCCUGACGGGUUAUCCGAGAGAGAACAACACGAAGACGCCUGGAUACAUGUGGUCCAAGUACGUGUGGCCAUUCACGGCGUACAGGCGUCGGUUCUGGCUGGGCAUCGGCUCGAUCCUCGUCGUUGGGCCCAUGGCAUUCCUGCCCAGCAUCCAGGCUUUCUUCCUCACACGGCCCGUGCGAUACUUGGGCCGCAUAAGCUUCGCGCUGUACCUGGUGCAUGGCCUGGGCAACAAGACGAUAGGAAAGGCGCUGCUGCAUGCCGGCUGGGGGAUUUUCGGGUCAGAAGGCUACUGGCAGUACGCUGCUGGCUUUGUCAUGGCGUCGGUCAUCUACUACCCGAUCGUCAUCUGGGCGUCAGACGUCUUCUGGCGUGCUGUCGACGUGCCGUCCACGGAUUUUGCCAGAUGGGUUGAGAAGAAGUCGGCGGCGCGGUAAGAGGCAAGGUGGAAUCAGUCAGUGCCGUGUUGUCUUUUGUAGAAGAAUUCUCAUGUCUGUAGAGCGAUGAAAACACAAUACGAC